AUGCCAUCCAGCGCUGCGCGCCAACGGACACGACAAGGGUUGGGCAGCACGCCUGGACCUACCUCCGCGUCGGCGCCGCUCAUAUCUCGGGCGGGACGUGGUGGUAGAGCAGAAGACGGGUCGAGCAGGCUGCGUCGCCUCCUCUCGCUCCUGAUCCUCAGCACCUCGCUCCUCGUGUUGCUACACAUGUACCGAGCCGUGUCGAAUCCGCAUCGCACGAGCGCUAUAAAAGAGGUCUGGAAUCGCUUGCCAACAUCUUCUGGGGAGCUGCGCGCGUCGACGGAAAGCCUUCUGGGACGUGUUGGACUCGGCCCUCUACUUCCCCCCGCGUCAUCGGAGAAGCGACCAUCGAUCGCACCGGGCCUUUCAGUCGUGCCGGGCCAAGAUGUCGUGGAUCACUCGGUCGGUUCCGCGCCUCAAGUGUCUGGCAUGGCCUCGAGAAGCCCAAUGGAAGGCGUAGAGGUGGACCGAGAAGCACUGACGGAUCUCGAUCAAGAUACACUCAAGGCCAUGUUCGACGCACUGUACGGGCGAGGAGGUCCAUUGGCGCGCGAUGAGGACUAG